AUGGAAUGGAAAAAAGAUUUGUACGAUUUGUUAGCUUCAUCAAAAGAUGUGGACUAAUCAAUAUACAAGGUGACAAUGGAAAUGCUUAGAAAAGAAAACAUUUCAGACUGUUUAAAAUUUCUAUCAGAUGAUGAAAAUCUAAUACGUUAUUUUUAGUCCAUUUUAAUAGCAAUAAAUUAAAAAAAUGCCGAUGUAGAAGAUGUUAUGAAAAAUAAUAUAAAGAAAAUAGUGAAUAUAUUAAAAUAACUUAAAGAUCAUGACUUUAAUCAUAAAAAUUAUUGUGAAGAUUUUUAUGAAAAAUUUAGAAAAGAUCUAAUAUAAAAAAUAUCAAAAGAUGAUUAAAUAGUCUAAUUGUUGAAAUUUUUAGUUUAACUUACAACUGUUGAUGAAAAAUUUAUUUAAUGUGGAUCAAACGGACUUAAUUUAUUGGUAGGUUUGAAAAUUGAACUGACAAACCAUUGCUUUGAAAACAUUAGGAUUAAGAAUUGUUGUUUGAUAGGCGCAAAUUUUGUUAGAUGUAAUUUUAGUGGAUCAGAAUUUGAAAAUGUUGAUAUUAGUGGAGUAAAUCUAAAUGGAGCUUUAUUGUUAAACUGUAAGUGGAGGAAUAUAAAAGUACAAGAAAUAAAUAAAUUAGAUGGUCAUACUAAAUCUAUCGCAUCAGUAUCCUUCUCACUAGAUGGAACUACUUUAGCAUCUGGUAGUGGUGAUUAGUCAAUCAGAUUAUGGGAUGCUAAAACAGGAUAAUAAAAAGCCAAAUUAGAUGGUCAUAGUAGUUCUGUAUAUUCAGUAUGCUUCUCACCAGAUGGAACUACUUUAGCAUCUGGUAGUGGUGAUAACUCAAUCAGAUUAUGGGAUGUUAAAACAGGAUAAUAAAAAGCCAAAUUAGAUGGUCAUAGUAAUUGGGUAUAAUCAGUAUGCUUCUCACCAGAUGGAACUACUUUAGCAUCUGGUAGUGGUGAUAAGUCAAUCAGAUUAUGGGAUGUUAAAACAGGAUAAUAAAAAGCCAAAUUAGAUGGUCAUAGUAGUUAUGUAUAUUCAGUAUGCUUCUCACCAGAUGGAACUACUUUAGCAUCUGGUAGUGGUGAUAAGUCAAUCAGAUUAUGGGAUGUUAAAACAGGAUAAUAAAAAGCCAAAUUAGAUGGUCAUAGUAGUUAUGUAUAUUCAGUAUGCUUCUCACCAGAUGGAACUACUUUAGCAUCUGGUAGUGGUGAUAAGUCAAUCAGAUUAUGGGAUGUUAAAACAGGAUAAUAAAAAGCCAAAUUAGAUGGUCAUAGUAGUUAUGUAUAUUCAGUAUGCUUCUCACCAGAUGGAACUACUUUAGCAUCUGGUAGUAAUGAUAACUCAAUCAGAUUAUGGAAUGUUAAAACAGGAUAAUAAAAAGCCAAAUUAGAUGGUCAUAGUAUUUAUGUAAAUUCAGUAUGCUUCUCACCAGAUGGAACUACUUUAGCAUCUGGUAGUAGUGAUAACUCAAUCAGAUUAUGGGAUGUUAAAACAGGAUAAUAAAAAAUCAAAUUAGAUGGUCAUAAUCAUUGGGUAUAUUCAGUAUGCUUCUCCCCAGAAGGAAUUAUUUUAGCAUCUGGUAGUCAUGAUAAGUCAAUCAGAUUAUGGGAUGUUAAAACAGGAUAAAAAAAAGCCAAAUUAGAUGGUCAUAGUAGUUAUGUACGAUCAGUAUGCAUCUCACCUGAUGGAACUACUUUAGCAUCUGGUAGUGAUGAUAAGUCAAUCAGAUUAUGGGAUAUUAAAACAGGAUAAAAAAAAGCCGAAUUAGAUGGUCAUAGUGAUUAUGUACGAUCAGUAUGCUUCUCACCUGAUGGAACUACUUUAGCAUCUGGUAGUGGUGAUAAAUCAAUCAGAUUAUGGGAUAUUAAAACAGGAUAAUAAAAAGCCUAAUUAGAUGGGCAUAAUCAUUGGGUAUAUUCAGUAUGCUUCUCACCUGAUGGAACUACUUUAGCAUCUGGUAGUGAUGAUAAGUCAAUCAGAUUAUGGAAUGUUAAAACUGGAGAAUAAAAAGCCAAAUUAGAUGGUCAUUCAAAAGGAGUUCUAUCAGUAUGCUUCUCACCUGAUGGAACUACUUUAGCAUCUGGUAGUGAUGAUAAGUCAAUCAGAUUAUGGGAUGUUAAAACAGGAUAAUAAAAAGCCAA